CCGAAAAGCCCAAUUAAAACCGCUUUUUUUUUACGCGUCCGCCUGAGACGUCUCUGAUUGGACGAAGCGUCCGUCCCGGCUUCGCUGUGGAGUUUUUUUUCCUGAUAUUUUUUUGAGACGGAAGAGGAAGUUCCACUGUUUUCUUUACAUUUUUGGAUCUGAAACAUGGACUCACACUCAUGGACUUUAACAACGUUGCUCAUGAAAGCAUCUGUAUUGUUAUUCUGUUCAGUUUGUGUAAAAGCUCGGGGCCUGUAUGUGAUCGUAUAUAUUGGGAGUUUUGGACUGUACCUGGGUAUGUGCUGAUGAUCCCGUCCUGGUGUUUUGAUCGCCGUGUAAUGACCGAUCACGUUCGACGUCAGAUCCCUCGGAUCGCUGGCGUCGUGUCUUGAUGAAGAGGACGUCGACUCGUGGGAAUCGGUGGCCACCACUGGGUACCUUCAGCGGUAAGUCUUUUGUACCUUUAGUCAUGUUUCUUCUAGCUGUGAACCAUGUGGUACCUGACGUUUCAUUCAGGGUGAUUUUUGUACCUGUGGGAGUUAGUGGACACAUACCAAAGGUACAAAACAUCUUGAGGGUACCUCGCCAUUUCUGAGUGAAUGCAGUCUGGGGAGUGGAGGAAGGAAUACAGUUAGUAUUUUAAGAAGUGUGUGUGUGUGUGUGUGUGUGUGUGUGUGUUAACCCCUUAAACCUAUUAUAAACGCAGCUAUUACGUUGACGAGUGUUGAACCGUGCUAGAAGGGAAAUGACUUGAUGCUUGUGGGCAUUCUUAACCAGCAAGGGUAAAGUUUAACCAGCAGAGGUCACCAGAGGAUCAGAAGUUGUGUAUCUAAACUGGCGACUUAACUGAGGAGGGCUGCGUGCUAACACCAAACCUCCUCGGACGUGCGCAGCCAAGAACCGCUUGUUUUCACCUGUCUAAGGCGUCACAGUUGUAACAGAAAGGUGGCGACUUGCCUCCGUCAGGCCCGGCUCUCUAACAGUGCGGUUGUGCUUCUGGUGCGAUCUGCCGAUUUGGUUCAUAUUGAGCUGAUAAUCGGUACAUACCCGGUGUUACAGGCAAACCUCUGGGUGCACCCUAUGCUCAAAAGUAUGUGGACACGCCUUUAUUUAUUGUUUUACGUGUGGUGAAGUUAUUUAACCGUUCGAGCUUGACUGCCACUGUGCACAAAGCGAGCUCUGUUAAACAUCCAGUGAUUUAUACACAGUCAUGCCCUCAACCUACUUAACACUUGUGGGAUGAAUUGGAAUGUUGAUUUUUAAACCAGGCCUUCUCAUCCAGUGCCUGAACUUAGAAUUUUUUUUUUUUUUUGGGAUGAAUGGGUGCAAAUUCCCAAACAUCCUUAGUGCUUAGAUUUGGAACAAGCUUGUAGUAAGGUGUCCACAUACUCCUGAUCAUAUAGUGUAUUACAAUACUCUGUAAGAUCUGUUCAGAUGUAAAUGAUUUAUUUUAUUUUGAUUGAAUGGAAACCAGAUGUGAACUGUAGACGUGUAGAUGAUUAUAUAUAUAUAUAUAUAAAUAUACAUUUUUUUGUAGUACUAUCAGGCCCAUCAGCCUGUUGGACAUAGAUCAGACCUCGUGUGUUAGUUGAAGGCUUGCGGUACUCCCUGUCCGAAAAUAUUCGGCCACCUAUUUUUGAACGAUGGAAGCGGACGAGCGGCGGCUCUUUACAGCCCGGCGGAUCUCUGCGCUCGCGUGAGCCGGAUGAAUUUGCGGUUUUGACGCGUGCUUUUGUGAAAACGUUAUCGUUGAACAGACGGCCAACCUGGCCGAAGCCAACGCCUCGGAGGAGGAUAAGAUCCGGGCCAUGAUGUCACAGUCCAACCACGAUUACGACCCCAUUCAUUACACGAAGAAGCUGGUGGGUCCUCCUCCCCCGAACUACACCUGCUUCCGCUGCGGCAAGACCGGACACUACAUCAGAAACUGCCCCACCAACGGGCAGGAUAAAAGUUUCGAGGCGCCACAGCGGAUUAAGAGGAGCACUGGGAUUCCGCGUAGCUUCAUGAUGGAGGUGGACGAUCCGAGCACUAAGGGAGCCAUGCUGACCAACACGGGGACGUACGCCAUCCCCACCAUCGACGCGGAAGCGUACGCGGUGGGGAAGAAAGAGAAGCCGCCGUUCCUCCCUCAGGACCGCUCCUCCUCCUCGGACGACGACGACCCCGUCCCCGACGAGCUGCUGUGCCUCAUCUGUAAGGAUCUGAUGACGGACGCGGUGGUGAUCCCCUGCUGCGGGAACAGCUACUGCGACGACUGUAUCAGGACCAGCUUGUUGGAGUCGGAGGAGCACGUCUGUCCCACCUGCAACCAGUCCGAAGUGUCGCCGGACGCCCUGAUCGCCAACAAGUUCCUACGCCAGGCGGUGAAUAACUUCAGGAACGAGACGGGCUACACCAAGAGGAUGCGCAAAUCCGCCGCCCAGAGCUCCGCCCCCACCCAGAAGCCCCAGCCCCAGCCCCGCCUCCUACGCCCUGUCCAGGCCCUCAAACCUCUCAACUCCCGCCAGCAGGACCCGCUCCGUGCCAACACGCCCCCGCAGGUCCCCAUCGCUGCCGCGCCCGUCCCUCCUCCCGCCGUCCCUCCGCCCACUUCGGUGGCACAGUCGCCCGCUCCGACCGCCCCGCCCACCCCUGCGACGACGCCCCCUCCGGCGACGCCGCCGGCCGCGGGCACCCCCUCGGCGACUCCCCCCGGAGACGAGGCUUCCUCCGUCGCCGAGCGCGGUGACACCCCGCCGCCGGGGCCGCCGUCGCCGCCACAGCUACCCAAGCAGGACGACGACGCCGCUGCCGCCAUGCCCAGAGACCCCAAGGUUCUGGGAGCUUCUCCUGUUUUAUCCGAGUCUCUGCUUCCAACUCUAGUUAUUCCAAAGGGUCACCACGUUCCAGUGCUUGGCCAUCCUCCGUCUCACGCUCAUCCUCCUCACCCCGUUCCUCCUCCUCACCCCGUUCCUCACCCCAGAUCAGGACCGCAGAGGCCCAAUGCACCGAGACUGCCGCCAUCCCGACCCGUGUGGGAUCAGCCUUCAGGUCGGAGCAGGCCUCCACACGACGAUCGACACCAGAGGGCGCCGGCUCCUCCGGUCCAGCCUCCUCCUGUCGCUCCCACCCUUUACCCACCCAAUAUCUUCCCCCCGCCUCAGCACGCCAUCCCCCACCCGCCCGGCAUCGUGCCCCCGCCGUACCCCCUGCCGUACCCUCAGGGGCAGCAACCCGUCCCUCCUUUCAGCAUGCCUCCACCGGGUUUCCCUCCUGCACCCGCCGGCGUACCCAACCCCUGGGCACCACCGGGUACUCAACCGCCCAUCGCCACCCCUCCCAUACCGGCCGUACCACCGUCACACUUCCUGUCCGAGGAGGAGUUCUACAGGAAACAGCGCCGCCUCAAGGAAGAGGAGAAGUCCAAGCUGGACGAGUUCACGAACGACUUUGCCAAAGAGCUGCUGGAGUACAGAAAGAUCCAGAAGGACAGGAGGAGAUCCUACUCCAGGUCCAAAUCUCCGUAUCGCUCGUCCUACAGCGGAUCAUCCUACUCUUACUCCAAGUCCAGAUCCCGAUCCCCACGUUCCUACUCCCGCUCUGUCUCCCGCUCCAGAUCCCGCUCACGUUCCCGCUCUCGCUCCAGAUCCUACACGCCGUACUCGCGCAGAGGGCGGGGCCGAAGCCGGAGUUACCGCUCCAGAUCCCGCUCUCCCGCGUACCAUCGCUCUCGCACUCGCUCUCCCUCCUACAGGGGGCGAGACGGAGCGGGGAUGAGCGGCGCCAUUUAUCGCUCACGGUCCAGAUCCCCCAUCUAUAGGACGCACAGUCCCGCCAAGAAGAUCCCCCCCGGGGCUCAGCUAGAGGAGCGGAAGUACCCGGCGAGCAGGUACAGGGAGGCUCCCGUGUACGACGCCAAGGCUUACUACGGCCGAGCGGUGGACGAGAGCGACCCGUACGAGCGCGAGCGCUACCUGAAGUGGGAGCGCGAGUACCGCGAGUGGUACGAGAAAUACUACAAGAGCUACAGCGCGCAGCAGAACGCGCAGAUCAGGGGGCGAGGCCCGGGGGCCAGUAAGCCUUAUUCCCCGGAGCGCUUCGCACCCCCCAGACCGAGAGACAACUCGCCGUACGCCAGGGGCCGCCGAGACGACUACCCGCCCCACGCUCAGGGGCACGCCGCCCACCCGAGGAGUCGCCCCCAGACGUACCAGGAACGGUGUGCCGAAAAGUACGGGCAACUCAAUGCCAACAGUGCACCCGUCAGUAGAGGGGUGAACAAAGAGCCGCCGAAGAGCGUCAAAGAGCGCGAGCCGACGUCGAGCGACGCGGUCGACUCCAAAACUCUGAAACACAAGAAACACAGGAGGAAGAGGAAGGGCGAGGAAGGAGACGGCUUCGGCCACUCCGACUCCGUGGACGAGUCCAGGAAAGAUGAGCGCACCAAGGGCGACUCCAUGCUGAUGAACUCGAGCCGGGACGAUGCCACGCCGGUGAGGGACGAGCCCAUGGAGAGCGCCGCCACCACCUACAAGAGUUCCUCAGACAAGGAGAAAAAGGACAAAACCAAAAGCAAGACGGAGAGCAAGGUCAAGCGCAAGGUCGAGAGCAGCACGUCAAAGAAAGAUACGUCGACCACCAAGAGCUCCAAGCCCAGCAAAGACAAAGACCCGGCUCCGGCACGGGAGAGGGUCACGUCCAGCGAACCGCCCAUCAAACGAAUCAAAGAGGAACCCGCUCAGAAACCCGACGACGGCAAAUCGCACGCGUCCGAGUCUAAACUCAUGCUGCCCCGCAAGCUGAUGCAGUCCAGAUCGAUCAAACCCAAGGACGAACCCAAGGUCAAGAAAGAAUCGGUCAAGGACUCUGCGAAGACGGAACGACCUGCCAAGCCUAAAGCGGAGAAACCCCUCAAACCCGACGAGAAACACCCCAACAGAUCCAGCGAGGCCAAGCCCGAAAAGCGCAGACGGAGAGACGAGAAGCCGCCCGCGAAAGACCCCGAGGUCCCGCCCGGUAAAUCGCCGCGGGUGGAGCCGGCCGAGACCGCCAAGGUCUCCCCCCCGAAACCCAAGUCCAAGCCGGAAAGCGAGAAGCAGCCCGAGAGGGAGAAACCAGCCAUCCCUUCCCUGAUGGACAUCAAGCCUGAACCCGUCCGGAAGAUCAAACUCAACCGCGAGAUCGGGAAGAGGAUCGGCAGCACCGACCGGCCUUCCUCUGAGGAGACCGGGAGCGCUGGGAAAAACCGACCGGACCAGAAGUCGAAGCUCAAGGUGCGCCGCAGGGUGCACGGACCGGACGCCUCCGGAUCCAUGCUGGUCGAUUACACCAGCACCAGCUCGACGGGUGGCAGCCCCAUCAGGAGGCUGGAGGAGAAAGCUGAUCUGAGGAAGACGGUGGUGAAGACGCUGGAGGAGUACACCAACGACAGCUCCACCCCGGCCGAGGACGAGAUCGUCAUGAUCCAGGUGCCUCGCUCCAAGUGGGAGAAGGAGGACUUCGAAUCAGAGGAGGAUGAGAACAAAGCCCUGCUCCCCACCUCCACCUCCUCCUCCUCCUCCUCGUCUGUUCCUGGAAGGGAGAAGAAUUCAAAGUCGAACUCUGGUGCUGCGAGACCAGACGCUCCGGACGCUGACAGAGACGCCCCCAGAGACUCCGCCGCCAGAGACGCCACCAGAGACGCCCCCAGAGACUCCGCCACCAGAGACUCCGCCCCCAGAGACUCCGCCAGAGACGAUCAGCCUGAAGUCAAACCUGCCAAAGAUCCGUCCAGUGAUCCGGAGAAGGAGAAGGAAAGUGAGAGGGAGCGAGACCGGGCCAAGGAGAGGGAGCGGAGCGAUUCAGAACGACGGAAGCCGGGGUCAGUAAAUCAGGAGAGAGGAAGUGACCACGGGAGCGAGAGAAGCUCCUCCUCACAGUCGUCUAGAGAUCGAGCGGCGGCGGCGUCAUCGUCCAGGAAAGCGUCCAGUCGUGACCACAACGCGGACGACAGGAAGCCGGAGCACCGCAGCAGCGCGAGAGAUCACUCCGAGUCACGAAAGCCAAAAGAACCAAUCAGGAGGAAGGACUCGCCUCCGCCGCCUGCCAAGGAUGGCAACAAACGUGUCUCCCAGGAGCCGAGACGGAGCGAGCAGAGCCCGCCCGGCGACAGGAAGGUGGCGUCUCGCGUGGAAAAGAAACCCGUCUCAGAGAGCGACAAGCCACGAGACGGAACCAAACCCUCCGCCAAGGACAAGGAACCGGCGGCGUCCAGAACCAACCAGAGCGCCGACUCCAAACACGACUCCGACGGCAAAACCAAACCCCCGCUGGCACGCUCCGCCCGCCUGCCCUCCGACCUGACGCGGGAGACCGACGAGUCCACCUUCGUCCCCGACUACAGCGAGAGCGACAGCGAGACCUCGGACGCCGAGAACAAGGCGGAGCCCAAAGAUAAGCAGCAGGAGAGCAGCGCCAGCCCCGCCCACAGCAGGAGCCCCAGUCCGUCCGGCAGCCACGCCCACAGCAGCAGCCCCAGCUCGCCGGACAGCCGCAAGAAGAAGAAGGACAAGAAGGAGAAGAAGGAGAAGAAGAAGCACAAGAGGCACAAAAAACACAAGAAGCACAAGAAGCACGGCGCCAACGAGUCCGAGUCUGAGGGGGGCAAAGCGCCCAAACACAAGAAGAAGAAAUCGAAAAAGAACAAAGAGAAGGAGCGGGACGAGAGGGGCAAAUCACCCGAUCAGUAACGUUUGAUGAACUGCGUCUGCAGAUGAGAUGAAUGUACAGCUUUGUACAGAACUAACGAGCGCUAAUAACCAGCUGAUCUCCGCCGUGUGUACAGAUUAGCUCGUUAGCAUUGUUAAUAAUCAGCAGAAUUUCGGAUGCGCUUUAUUUCCGGUGGUUUUGUGUUUGGCGGAGGUAGAGGAGCACUUUUACCCACGUGAACGUGAGGGCGUCCCCGCCCCGUAUCGUACCUCAUCUCUCGUAUCGGUGAAUAAUAAUAACGGCGAUGUUAAACACGGUCGCGUCCCGGCCGGGCGGCGGCUCGUGAUCUGAUCCCAGAGGUUUUUGCACUGUGAAUUUUUCCUCUGCUCAUGUUUUUAUUUUCCAUCAGGUUCUCAUGAUUAAUUUAAGCGAGCGGAUUCGUUUUUUGUUUUUGUCGUUGUUCUACUUUAAUAAAACAGCAAAAACUCCCUAAA